AUGUUCACCGAAAGGAGCAUCCUGCGUCGUUUAUAUAAUGCUUUAAUUUUCAUGCACCUGAUCUACGUCACCCGGUCGUUCGGUGUCAUCUUCGAGGAGUACGUCGUGGACCAGGGCCGCAAUCUGACGUUACGCUGUGACUCCAAACAUCCGGUCAAAUGGGUACGCGAGGGUCGCCGAGAGGACGUCGGCCAGUUUCAGACGGAUGGUUCGCUUGUUCUAACGAACUUGACGGCUAGGGAUAGUGGCCGGUAUACCUGUUCAGCAGCGAUACCAACCCUCACAACAGUGGCCGUACUGGAAGAAGUAGACAGUGGUGGCAACGACACUGGCUCCUCACCUGGUUCCGCUACGUCAGGAUCCUCGUACGAACCGGGUGACACAAGUUCCGGCUACGAGAACUCAACAGCAGAUCCGUACGAGCCCGACAGCUUGGACGGUGCAGCAGUUUCGGUGACUGAGGAGCACUUCGUCGAGCUGUUGAAGGUGAACGUGAAGGUGCGAACGCCACCGCUGGCGGUGUCGAACUUCUACGUCCGUGCCUCCACCAUCAUCGCCGUGCUGGUGUGGGAGGUGAUGCCAAACCGGACGGGUGGGUACGCGAUCCGUGACUUCACCGCCGAGAUGCGCCGGAUGCGUGACACAUCCGUCAGUGAAAAUGUCACCGCCGCACCGGAGUUGCCUUGGGAAACGAUUGAUCCGCGCCACAUCAGCCCAAACGCGCGUCAACUUGAGAUCUAUCAUCUGAUCCCGAACACGACGUAUGAGUUUCGCAUCUGGGGCAACAACCAGCUCGGGGCCGGCGAAAUUGUGACCAUCCUCGCGACGACCCAACCGCGCAUGGAGGAGAAAGAUCUCGUCCGGCGCAUCAUGAUUGACGCGAAGAACUUUGACACCCGUGUCUGGAUAGCGGCUGUCGGCAUCGUCAUGGGGACGCUUGUCAUCCUGUCACUUGGCACCUGCAUCGUGCUAUACAAGGAGUGCCGUGAGCCUGCCGCCAACGAUAAGGACGAGGAGCUGGACAGUCUCGAGCUGGUGCCGAACAUCAUCCUGAAUCCGGGCUUCUGCGAUUCGGACGACCAGGGGCAGAACCCGCUGUCGCCGCCGAUACCGCGCACGUUGCCGUACAACCGUUAUCGGAGCCACGGCCACGACGGUACCGGUGGGAAUGGCGGCGUCGGUGGCGACGACGACGACGAGGAUGACGACGAGGAUGACGAGGAACCGAUGACGUUCAGCCGGCGCAUGUCGAUCUUCUUUACCGGCAACACGAUCAAGCGGAUUUGA